GCCUGGCGCUGGUGCAAUAUCAUAUCAACUUCCCUUUGCCCCAAGUGUUUGUUACAUACACACUUCCUCUUUGUCUUCCGGGAAUGACAUAGAAUAAUAGGAUCAUGUCGGCCAUUGUUUAGGAAACCCGCAUAUCACGUACACUGUCUUUUAGCAACGUAGCCUGCGCUUAUUCUGAUCUACUUUCCAAUUCUUGCGCCCUUGCGCCCUUGCGCACCUCAACAACCAUGGCUCCAGCAAAUAUCAAGGUGCCCCCAAAGGGACAGUCCGGAUCUUAUUUACAGAGUCCGGCAGCUCCCCGAUGGGCUACUACCACUCUGAGAGUGGGUGGCAUGACAUGUGGUGCUUGCACUUCGGCCGUUGAAGCAGGCUUCAAAGGCGUCGAUGGAGUUGGCAGCGUGUCAGUGAGUUUGGUCAUGGAACGCGCCGUAGUAAUGCACGAUCCCCAACGAACCCCCGCCGAACAAAUUCAGGAGAUCAUCGAAGACCGUGGAUUCGAGGCAGAAAUAUUAGCAACAGAUUUGCCAACUCCUUUGCCAACCCCGAGAUUCAAUACCAUAGAUGGUGCCAGCGACGAGCCACCCACCACUAUUACUACGAUUGCUGUCGAGGGUUUGAUGUAUGGCGACUUUGAAUCAACGGCUCAAGGUGGUUUCGCGGAUGUACCAGGGUUAAAGCAGUUCAACGUAUCAGUACUUUCCGAAAGAGUUGUGGUGGAACAUGACGCCAGCCUACUGCCUGCCGACAAGAUUGUAGAGAUGAUGGAAGAUCGUGGAUUUGGCGCGACUAUAAUAUCUAGCGAAGAAUCUAAACCAGACAGGAUAGAAGGAGCAGCAACCCUCGAGACGAAGUCAUCUAUUGCUAUAACCACCGUUGCGAUCCAGGGUAUGACAUGCGGUGCUUGUACCUCUGCUGUAGAAGGAGGGUUUACCGGCUUAGAUGGGUUACUGCGAUUCAACAUCAGUCUAUUGGCUGAGCGGGCUGUUAUUGCUCAUGACACGACAAAAUUAACCCCUGAGCAAAUUGCAGAAAUUAUUGAGGAUAGGGGUUUUGGUGCCGAAAUCAUCUCAACGCAGCUUGAUACAUCGGAGCACUCGACCACGUCCUCGACCUCUCAAUUAAAGAUAUUUGGAAAUCCGGAUGCUUCGGCCGCCAGAUCUAUUGAGGACACACUGCUCAGUCUUCCUGGCGUUAGCUCUGCUAAGCUGAGUCUGUCCACCUCAAGACUCACCAUAGCCCACCAACCGACAGUAACAGGUCUGCGUACGCUCGUUGAGGAGGUAGAGAAAUUAGGAUUCAAUGCCUUGGUUGCCGACAACGAUGAUAACGACGCACAACUAGAAUCCUUGGCAAAGACGAGAGAGAUCCAGGAAUGGAGGAGAGCAUUCCAGAUCUCAUUAGCAUUCGCUGUGCCCGUCUUCUUCGUUAACAUGAUUUUCCCCAUGGCUAUUCCCAUCUUAGACUUCGGAGGGUUACAACUCCUUCCGGGACUUUUCUUAGGCGAUAUCAUCUGCUUGAUUCUAACGAUACCCAUUCAAUUUGGCAUAGGCAAGCGCUUCUACGUUUCAGCUUAUAAAUCUAUCAAACACAGAUCCCCUACCAUGGACGUCCUCGUCGUUCUAGGGACUUCGGCUGCUUUUUUCUUCAGCACACUAACUAUGCUGGUUUCUUUUUUGAUUCCGCCGCACACUCGGCCAAGCACCAUUUUCGAUACUAGCACUAUGCUCAUUACAUUUAUUACCCUCGGUAGAUUCUUAGAGAACCGCGCGAAGGGCCAGACGUCGAAGGCCCUCUCGCGACUCAUGUCCCUGGCCCCAUCUAUGGCCACUAUAUAUGCGGAUCCGAUCGCCGCUGAGAAGGCCGCCGAGGGUUGGGAUACCAUUAGGGACUCGGGAAAGCCAGAGACACCGGCGCGUGAUGGCAAUGCAGCGGAGGCGAAGAUUAUUCCCACUGAACUCAUUUCAGUCAGCGAUAUUGUGAUCAUCCGCCCAGGCGAUAAGAUCCCGGCCGACGGCAUCAUUGUGCGAGGUGAAACGUAUGUGGACGAAAGCAUGGUUACUGGAGAGGCCAUUCCUGUCCAAAAGAAGAAGGGAAGCCAUGUGAUCGGUGGAACCGUCAAUGGGCAUGGUCGGGUCGACUUCCGCGUGACGAGAGCGGGCCGCGACACCCAACUAAGUCAAAUUGUGAAGCUGGUACAAGAUGCCCAAACCACCAGGGCUCCCAUUCAACGAUUAGCCGACAUGCUUGCUGGCUAUUUCGUACCGACGAUUUUAGUUUUGGGUUUUCUCACCUUUUUCGUAUGGAUGGUUCUUAGCCAUGUCCUUACCAACCCGCCAAAGAUCUUCUUACAAGCCGAAAGUGGUGGCAAGUUGAUGGUCUGCGUCAAGCUGUGUAUAUCGGUAAUUGUGUUUGCCUGCCCAUGCGCCCUCGGGUUGGCAACACCAACUGCAGUGAUGGUUGGCACAGGCAUAGGCGCGGAAAAUGGUAUUUUGGUCAAAGGCGGUGCAGCGUUGGAGACGACGACCAAAAUCACUAAGGUCGUUCUGGAUAAGACAGGCACCAUUACAUACGGUAAAAUGAGCGUUGCGAGCAUCAAGAUGCCAUCCGUCUGGCAAGACAAUCAAUGGCGACGACGUCUCUGGUGGUCGGUCGUAGGGCUGGCUGAAAUGGGCAGUGAACAUCCGGUCGGCAAAGCUAUUCUAGCAGCCGCACGUAACGAGCUUGGCUUAGAUGCUGAAGCGGGCAUUGAUGGCAGCAUUGGUGAAUUCAACGCCGUCGUGGGACGGGGUAUUACCGCGCGUGUCGAGCCGUCUACGAGUGCGGAACGUGUUCGCUACAAUGUGCUCGUUGGCAGUGUACGCUUCUUGCGGGAGAACAAGGUCGAUGUUCCGGAAGACGCCGUUGAGGCCUCAGAAGAGAUCAACUCGAAGACGAACAAGACGAAAUCGUCUUCUGCUGGAACGACAAACGUAUUUAUUGCUAUUGAUGGAAAAUAUGCCGGUCACCUAUGUUUAGCUGAUACGAUCAAGGAAGGGGCAGCAGCAGCCAUUGCUGUGCUGCAUACUAUGGGAGUCAAAACUGCAAUUGUUACCGGUGAUCAACUUUCAACUGCAUUAGCUGUUGCUUCUGCGGUUGGUAUCUCUCACGAUGACGUCUAUGCCGGAGUGUCACCAGACCAAAAGCAGGCCAUUAUCCGACAAAUCCAAGAGCAAGGCGAGUGCGUCGCCAUGGUCGGUGAUGGCAUCAAUGAUUCCCCUGCUUUGGCUACGGCCGAUGUUGGUAUAGCCAUGUCUAGUGGCACUGAUGUUGCUAUGGAAGCUGCCGACGUUGUGCUAAUGCGUCCUAACGACCUUAUGGAUAUUCCCGCGGCUUUACAUCUUGCUCGUACUAUUUUCAUGCGCAUCAAGCUUAACCUCACCUGGGCAUGCCUAUACAACAUCGUCGGACUCCCAUUCGCCAUGGGGCUAUUCCUACCGAUUGGCUGGCAUCUACACCCCAUGGCCGCCGGCGCUGCUAUGGCAUGCAGCAGCGUCAGCGUCGUAGUGAGCUCCCUGCUUUUGAAAUUCUGGAAACGACCACAGUGGAUGGAAGAGGCUCUACUUGCGGAUAAGGGCGGGCUUAAGAAGCGCGGCCGCGGCUGGGGCUUGGAUGCUAUCGUCAGCCGGGCCCAAGACUUUGCAGGUGCGGUACUAGGCAAACGGACGAGGAAAGACGAAGGAUACGUCCCGCUGGACACGUUGGAUCACCCAGAGGUAUAGGAGCCUCGUUGCAUUUGGCGGUAGAUGAU